CCAAGGAGCACGCCAACUCGGUGUGCUUCAAGGUGGACGGCGGCGCGGGCGCCGAGGAGCCGGCGGGCAGCCUCGAGGACGCCGACGGGCCCCGGCGGCAGUACGGCUUCAUGCAGCGCCAGUUCACCUCCAUGCUGCAGCCCGGCGUCAACAAAUUCUCCCUCCGCAUGUUCGGGAGCCAGAAGGCGGUGGAGAAGGAGCAGGAAAGGGUUAAAACUGCAGGCUUCUGGAUCAUCCACCCGUACAGCGACUUCAGGUUUUAUUGGGAUUUAAUAAUGCUUAUAAUGAUGGUUGGAAAUCUCGUCAUCAUACCAGUUGGGAUCACAUUCUUUACAGAGCAAACAACCACACCAUGGAUUAUUUUUAAUGUGGCAUCAGAUACCGUUUUCCUAUUGGACCUCAUUAUGAAUUUUAGGACUGGAACUGUCAAUGAAGACAGUUCUGAAAUCAUCCUGGACCCUAAAGUGAUCAAGAUGAAUUAUUUAAAAAGCUGGUUUGUGGUGGACUUCAUCUCAUCAAUUCCAGUGGAUUAUAUCUUUCUUAUUGUAGAAAAAGGAAUGGAUUCGGAAGUUUACAAGACAGCCAGAGCCCUUCGCAUUGUGAGAUUUACAAAAAUUCUCAGUCUGUUGCGUUUAUUACGACUUUCAAGAUUAAUUAGAUACAUACAUCAGUGGGAGGAGAUAUUCCACAUGACAUAUGACCUUGCUAGUGCGGUGGUAAGGAUUUUUAAUCUCAUCGGCAUGAUGCUGCUUCUGUGUCACUGGGAUGGUUGUCUUCAAUUUUUGGUCCCAUUGCUGCAGGAUUUCCCACCAGAUUGCUGGGUGUCACUCAAUGAAAUGGUUAAUGAUUCCUGGGGAAAGCAGUAUUCCUACGCACUCUUCAAGGCGAUGAGUCACAUGCUGUGCAUUGGGUAUGGAGCCCAAGCCCCAGUCAGCAUGUCCGAUCUAUGGAUCACCAUGCUCAGUAUGAUCGUGGGAGCAACUUGCUAUGCCAUGUUUGUGGGCCACGCGACAGCUUUAAUCCAGUCAUUGGAUUCUUCCAGGCGGCAAUAUCAAGAGAAGUAUAAGCAAGUGGAACAAUACAUGUCUUUCCACAAGCUCCCGGCAGAUAUGCGUCAGAAGAUACAUGAUUAUUAUGAACACAGAUAUCAAGGCAAAAUAUUCGAUGAAGAAAAUAUUCUAAAUGAACUUAAUGAUCCUUUGAGAGAGGAGAUUGUCAACUUCAACUGUCGAAAGCUGGUGGCUACGAUGCCUCUUUUUGCUAAUGCCGAUCCUAAUUUCGUGACUGCUAUGCUGAGCAAGUUGAGAUUUGAGGUAUUUCAACCUGGAGAUUAUAUUAUUCGAGAAGGAGCUGUGGGGAAGAAAAUGUAUUUCAUUCAACAUGGUGUUGCUGGUGUCAUUACAAAAUCCAGUAAAGAAAUGAAGCUGACAGACGGCUCUUAUUUUGGAGAGAUUUGCCUGCUGACCAAGGGACGCCGCACUGCCAGUGUCCGUGCUGAUACGUACUGUCGUCUUUAUUCCCUUUCUGUGGACAAUUUCAAUGAGGUCCUAGAAGAAUACCCAAUGAUGAGGAGAGCUUUCGAGACAGUUGCCAUUGACCGACUAGAUCGAAUAGGUAAGAAAAACUCCAUCCUUCUGCAAAAGUUCCAGAAGGAUCUGAACACUGGUGUUUUUAACAAUCAGGAGAACGAGAUCCUGAAGCAGAUCGUGAAGCAUGACAGGGAGAUGGUGCAAGCCAUCGCUCCUCUCAACUAUCCCCAAAUGACCGGCCUGAAUUCCACAUCCACGAGCACGACCCCGACCUCUCGCCUACGGACACAAUCUCCACCCGUCUACACCGCCACCAGCCUGCCUCACAGCAACCUGCACUCCCCGAACCCCAGCACACAGACCCCCCAACCUUCGGCCAUCCUCUCGCCCUGCUCCUACACCACUGCCGUGUGCAGCCCUCCAGUACAGAGCCCGCUGGCCACGCGAACUUUCCACUACGCCUCUCCCACCGCUUCCCAGCUGUCGCUCAUGCAGCAACCGCAGCUCCAGCAGCCCCAAGCCCCGCAAACUCAGCCUCAGCAGCCACCCCAACAGCCACAGACGCCCAGCAGCUCCACGCCGAAAAACGAAGUGCACAAGAGUACGCAGGCGCUUCAUAACGCCACCCUGACGCGGGAGGUCAGGCCGCUCUCGGCCUCGCAGCCCUCGCUGCCCCACGAGGUGUCCACUCUCAUCUCCAGACCUCAUCCUACCGUGGGCGAGUCCCUGGCCUCCAUCCCUCAGCCCGUGACGGCCGUCCACAGCGCCGGCCUUCCCGCCGCAGGCAGGAGCACUGUCCCGCAGAGGGUCACCCUCUUCCGACAGAUGUCAUCCGGAGCCAUCCCCCCCAACCGAGGAGUCCCACCCGCGCCCCCUCCACCAGCUGCACUCCAGAGAGAGCCUUCCUCCGUCCUCAGCACAGACCCAGACGCAGAAAAGCCACGGUUCGCUUCCAAUUUAUGAUCCCUGCUGAUUAUCGAAGCAGAGGGAAAAACACUCUAAUAAUUAAACUGAGA